AAGAUGAGAAUUUCUUGAAAAGAUUUUUUAGCAAUACCAUGGUCAUCGAUCUCAUAAACUUGGACAUGAGAAAUAACAAAGAUAUCAAUAACUGUAGCAUUCUAGAAGAUAACAUCGUGCAGAAAAUUAAAAUCCUGUUUAAUGCGAGCGAAGGUAGCGAUGAGGGAAGGUGGAUCAACUUGAAUCUAAAUCAUUUUGAUUAUGAUUAUUUUGACAAGGUUGAGAAAACCCAGACACAAGAGAGUAAACAAAAUAAUUCUCAAACACGUGAAUAUGGAGUCCCAUCAAGUUCAUAUAUGAAUAUCGAUGAUAGCGAAGAGAUUGAUGAUCGAGAAAGCAUAUUUUCAAAUGAUACCUUAACUUCUCAAGAAUUUAGCAUAUUAACAAAGAAUAAGAAAAUAAAUACGAGCAGUUCAGAAUUAGAUUUAGACAUGCUUAAUGAUAAUCUUUAUUUUAGCAAAAUGAAAGUUAGGAAAAAUAAAAGUAAACAGGUACAUGAGGAGUACCAGUAUCUGGAUCUUGUUAAGAACAUCAUCAAGAAUGGGGAGAGUAGAGAUGAUAGGACAGGAACAGGAACGAUUUCAUUGUUUUCCCCGGGACAGUUGAGAUUUUCAUUGGAAGACGGUGCAUUACCACUUCUCACCACGAAAAAGGUUUUCUUUCGAGGAGUUGUAGAGGAGCUUCUCUGGUUUAUCAGUGGCAAUACGAAUGUGAAGAAAUUACAAGAAAAGAAUAUCCAUUUCUGGGAUCAGAACACUAGCAGGGAGUUUCUUGAUAAACAAGAUCUUGGUCAGAACAAAGAAUGGGAUGCUGGCCCGAUUUAUGGAUUUCAGUGGAAGCAUUUUGGGGCAAAUUAUACCACGUGUGAUGCCGAUUAUACCGGUCAAGGAAUUAACCAGUUAGAAUAUAUCAUCGAUCUGAUCAAGAAUAAUCCAGAGAGCAGAAGGAUC